AUGGAUUAUUCAAGCACACGUUUGAAAAAUAACUCAUUACAUCAAUGUUUCUUGUAUCCACCGGGCUUAAAGUUAGAUGAAUGGCCUAAAAAAUCUUUUUCUAAAAAAACCAAAAGAAGAGCUAAACGAAUUCGAAAUCUGGCUAGACGUUAUAAUUUUGAACAUGGAAGCCUAUCUUGCUUUGUAAGUGAAAACUAUGCAUCUGUAUACUCACACACAAAAAUGUUGAUUUUCCCUCAUUAUUAUCAACAUUUGUCGAAAAUCUUACACCUCCCCUUUAGAAAAACAUUAAAAACACAUUUGUUUGCACUUGAAUGGAGAUCUUCAAUAAAGGUUGGUAUUUACUACUUUAACUUGCAGCAUGUCCAAUUUGAAGCUUAUAACAUAAAAAUUAGAGUUUUUAAAGGACUAAAAAUUAUAUUUUUUAAUAAUUUUGUCUUAGAAAGAAGAUUAGAUUACAUUUACAGAUGA